GCACCCCUAGCAGGCAGGAGGGGCAGGCAGCUCAGCUUCACCAGGAGCCUCCUUGGGAAGCAAUAGCCAAAGCAGGAUGAAGCUUUUCCUGGGCAUCCUCUUGUGCUCCCUGGUCCUGGGCGUCAGCAGCCAAAGGUGGUUAACCUUCCUCAGGGAAGCUGGUCAAGGGGCUAGAGACAUGAUGAGAGCUUACUCUGACAUGAGAGAAGCCAAUUACAAAAAUUCAGACAAAUAUUUCCAUGCCCGGGGGAACUAUGAUGCUGCACAAAGGGGCCCUGGGGGUGCCUGGGCUGCUAAAGUGAUCAGCGAUGCCAGAGAGAAUUCUCAGAGAGUCACAGACCUUUUUAAGUUUGGAGACAGUGGCCACGGAGUGGAGGACUCAAAGGCUGACCAGGCUGCCAAUGAAUGGGGCCGGAGUGGCAAAGACCCCAACCAUUUCCGACCUCCUGGCCUGCCUGAGAAGUACUGAGCUGCCCCUUGGCUCUGCCAUUGGGAGAUGGGCUGUGAGACCCCUGCAGGCAGGAACAGUUGCUGAGUUAGAGUUACUGAAUUCUAUAUCCUUCCUACUUAGUACUUUAUAAAGAGCACAUAAAAAAUGUUUAAUAAAUGCUUGUGAAAUUCAA